AUAUUGGGUCAGAUCAAUUUGACUAGAUUACGCAUUAAAAUACUUCGAGUAGCCGCCACCGUCUCUUCUCCACGGCAACCCCAAAUCAACGCACGAUGGAUUUCACUCCUCCGCCGAUUGAAGAUGGUUACGCGGCAGAGAAGCUUUUCAACAGUGGUUUCUCUUACACAUACGACGACCUAAUCUUCCUCCCUCACUACAUCGACUUCGCCGCCGAUGCCGUCGACCUCUCCACCCGUCUCAGCCGAAAUAUUCCCCUUUCCACUCCCUUUGUCGCCUCUCCCAUGGAUACCGUUUCAGAAUCUUCCAUGGCUUCUGCUAUGGCCGCACUCGGAGGUAUCGCUAUUGUUCAUCCGAACAACACCGCCUCACGUCAAGCUGCUUUAAUCCGUGCCGCCAAGUCACGCCGUGUACCUAUUCUCUCCGAGCCUGUUUUCGUUUCCCCGUCUGAUGUCGUUGAGUCUGAUGAAGAUUUUUCUGCUUCGCCUUUUCUUUUAGUAACAGAUUCCGGUUCUUCCACUGGGAAGUUUAUCGGGUUUGUGUCGAAGGCUAAUUGGUCGAAUCAAAACGACAAAAGCCUGAGAGUCUCUGACUACAUGGAGCCUCCACCGUCUGCUCUUCCGUGGAGCUCCGACCUUACAAAAAUCGAGGAGGAGUUGGAGAAGAAAAAGGGAAAUAUUGUUGCGUUGGUGAAAGGUGAAGAAGCUGUGGAUUUGGUGACAAAAGAGGAGGUUGAGAGGGUGAGAGGCUAUCCGAGAUUGGUCUCCGGAGGGUCAGUUGGGGCUGAUGGAGAGUGGAUGGUAGGGGCGGCGGUUGGGACGAGGGAGCAAGAUAAAGAGAGGUUGGAGCAUUUGGUGAAAGCCGGAAUAAAUGCUGUGGUGUUGGAUAGUUCUCAAGGGAACUCUAUUUAUCAAUUGGAGAUGAUUAAAUACGUGAAGAAGGUGUAUCCUGAAUUAGAUGUUAUUGGUGGGAAUGUCGUGACUAUGUAUCAAGCUGAGAAUUUAAUUCAAGCUGGUGUGGAUGGGUUGAGGGUUGGUAUGGGUUCUGGUUCAAUUUGUACCACUCAAGAAGUUUGUGCUGUUGGGCGUGGUCAGGGGACCGCCGUUUACAAGGUUUCGUCUAUUGCUUAUAAAAGUGGAGUUCCUGUAAUUGCUGAUGGUGGCAUCUCAAACUCUGGUCAUAUUGUAAAGGCUUUAUCAUUGGGAGCAUCCACUGUUAUGAUGGGAAGCUUCUUAGCUGGUAGUCUUGAGGCUCCUGGAGCUUAUGUAUAUCAGAAUGGCCAACGUGUCAAGAAGUAUAGAGGAAUGGGUUCCCUUGAAGCUAUGACUCAAGGAAGUGAUCAAAGGUACCUCGGUGAUACAGCAAAGCUUAAAAUUGCCCAGGGGGUUGUUGGAGCUGUUAAAGAUAAGGGUUCCGUGUUAAAGUUCAUUCCAUACACCGCGCAAGCAGUAAGGCAAGGGUUUCAGGAUAUUGGUGCCAACUCUCUGCAGUCUGCACAUGAUCUUCUAAGAUCCAGGGUGUUAAGGCUAGAGGUUCGUAGUGGAGCAGCACAGGUUGAAGGAGGAAUUCAUGGGCUGGCUUCUUAUGAAAAGAAAUACUUUUGAAGUAUGAACCAUCAAAAUGAUAAGGGUGCACUUCUAAGUUUGGGGGAAAUGUAAUUUAUAGUCGAACAUGGUGGAAAAAGAUCCCCAAAUAAAAUAUAAAUUGGGGUGUUUUUUCUCUCUCUAAAUUAUCCAUAUUAAACUUUGGUUCUCUUAGAUUUAUUCUAGAUCUAACUCGUUGUUUUUUCUUUUAUCUUCUCAAUGUUAUUGUUAAUGGGUUGUUUUAAAAUUUUGUAACGACUAAAAUCUCUUUUUGAAUUUUGUUAUAAUUGAAGUUAUUCUCAUGGUUUUGAUUCAA